AAGUGAGGUGUGUCUCUGCCCGGCCGCCCAUCGUCUGAGAUGUGGGGAGCGUCUCUGCCCCGCCGCCCCGUCUGGCAUGUGAGGAGCGCCUCUGCCCUGUCGCGACCCUGUCUGGGAACUGAGGAGUGUCUCUGCCCGACCGCCACCCCAUCUGGGAGGGUCAUGGUCUCCACUCCCUGGAUACACCAGUAUGGGAGGUGCCUUCUCAAUGGAAGGACAAAAAGAGCAUUUUCUCGCUCCCUUUCUAACUCCGCUGCCACCAUAGCUCCUGUGAAAAAGCUUGUGGCGAAGGGGGACAAAAAAAUGAAGCAGGUUCUGAAGUUCACUCUUGAUUGCACCCACCCUGUAGAAGAUGGAAUCAUGGAUGCUGCCAAUUUUGAGCAGUUUUUGCAAGAAAGGAUCAAAGUGAAUGGAAAAGCUGGGAACCUUGGUGGAGGGGUGGUGACCAACGAAAGGAGCAAGAGCAAGAUCACUGUGACAUCCAAGGUGACUUUCUCCAAAAGGUAUCUGAAAUAUCUCACCAAAAAAUAUUUGAAGAAAAAUAAUCUAUGUGACUGGUUGCGCAUACUUGCUAACAGCAAAGAGAGUUACGAAUUACGUUACUUCUAGAUUAACCAGGAUGAAGAAGAGGAUUAAAUUUCAUUUAUCUGGAAUAUUUUGUAUGAGUUCUUGAAUAAAACUUGGGAACUAAAAAAAAAAA